UGGAUCAUGCCCCAGCUGGGCGGAGGCGGCGGCAGCGGGGACGACCUGGGUGCUACAGACGAGAUGCUAGCCUUCAAGGAUGAGGGCGAGCAGGAGGAGAAGAUUCCCCAGGGCGGCUUCCCUGAGCGGGAUCUAGCUGACCUCAAGUCCUCGUUGGUCAACGAGUCCGAAGGCGCGGGCAGCAGCGGCCAAGCCGGGAGCGGCCCGGGCCAGACAGAGACGCUCCGGCGAGCUCCAAACUCCCAGAGGCUGUACCAGGACAAACUCCCGGAUGCUUUGGAAGAAGGCCUCAAGGCCCAGGACAGCAGCAGCGUCGGGAUGUACAAAGAGUCUGUGUAUUCGGGCUACAAUCUGCUGGUGCACUACCCGGCCAACGGAGUAAGUUCGGGAACCGGAGGUGGGACAGGAGCUGGAGUUGUCUCUGGGGCUGGGCAGCCGCUGCACACCAAGCCUGGUCAACCCUCCCAUGGAGUUCCCCAGCUCACACCCCUCUAUGAACAUUUCAGCUCCCACCCAACACAUGUCUCUGCUGACAUCAACCAGAAACAAGGUGUUCACCGCCCACUACAGACCACUGACAUCUCCAGUUUCUACUCUUUAUCUCCAAGUGGUGUUGGACAGAUUUCCCACACUAUGGGCUGGGCGAGCCCACCUCUCUAUCCCCUCUCCCCUUCCUGUGGAUAUAGACAGCACUUUUCGACUGCAGUCUCCCCGGGGGCACCUUACCCUAGGUUCACCCAUCCAUCUCUGAUGCUGAGCUCAGGUAUGCACACCACUGGCAUUCCCCACCCAGCCAUUGUGCCCCACUCAGGAAAGCAGGAGCUGCAGCACUAUGACCGGGGCCUGAAACCUCCAUCAGAAGCCAAGCAGGAUAAAGAAGCUAAGAAGCCAACUAUUAAAAAGCCCUUGAAUGCAUUCAUGCUGUACAUGAAGGAAAUGCGGGCCAAGGUCAUUGCAGAAUGCACACUCAAGGAGAGUGCAGCUAUUAACCAGAUCCUAGGGAGAAGGUGGCAUGCGCUAUCUCGAGAAGAACAAGCCAAGUAUUACGAACUGGCCCGAAAGGAACGGCAACUCCAUAUGCAGCUCUAUCCUGGCUGGUCAGCCCGAGACAAUUAUGGGAAGAAGAAAAGACGGUCAAGAGAAAAGCAUCAAGAAUCAAACACAGGGGAGAAGGUGAAAGGGCUGGAGGAAUGCCUCUCUACACUCCAGGUUACCAGGGAGAAUGAAGUGUUCCUUGAAAGCCUAGAAGAAGGGCUGCAAGACCCUGGCUCUCCUAAGAAAUGUCGAGCUCGCUUUGGCCUCAACCAGCAGACGGACUGGUGCGGUCCAUGCAGGAGGAAAAAGAAAUGCAUUCGGUACUUACAAGGAGAAGGAGAAGGACGCUGCACCAGCCCAAUUUCUUCAGAUGGCAGUGCUAUAGACUCCCCUCCAUCCCCUCUGGAUGCCCUCCAAUAUGUUCGCCCUGCUUUUACCCCAGACCAACUCACCAGUCCCACUGAUUACACACACAGACCACCAAGCUGCCCCUUCUCCCUCUCUCUCCAUCUCAAGACUACUCCUCCUGGGGUUGGACUCCCAGCAAGGUGAUCCUCAGCCCCCAGCUCUCCAGCAGCCCUUCCAUGAACCUUCAGCAGCAUACAAGCAUCACAGCAACAGGAACACAAAGGCCAAAGGCAUAAGACGCUUUGCUUUGUCCACAGGUGGUCAAGAGCCAGACAAUCAAACAAGAAACUGGCCUGAGGCUACCUCCCCACUUUCUCACACAGUGCCUGGCCUGUAUAUUGUGUGUACACUGCCCAACUUGUGGGGCCCCUGCAA